UGAGGCACCCUCUCAUCCCUCGAACACCUCUCUGAACUCCGCCAUCUCCCUUUCUGCUCGUAUCCACCUUUUCCCACUGAUGUCUUCCUCAAAGGCCUCGGACAAUACAACAGUAAAAGCUCAAGGAUACACCCCACCCAUGAUGGACUUCUGCCAAGGUAAGCCUUAUCAUUCAUCGUCGUUGUCGUCGCCUUCCUCGUCGUCGCCAGUGGCGGGGACCUCCUCCGGCGAGAGGAGAGGGAGGAGGAAGCCCACAGAGCCAGGGAGGUUCCUCGGUGUGAGGAGAAGGCCUUGGGGGAGAUAUGCCGCCGAGAUAAGGGACCCUACGACUAAGGAGAGGCAUUGGUUAGGAACGUUCGACACCGCUCAAGAGGCUGCCAUGGCGUACGACAGGGCAGCCCUCGCCAUGAAAGGCACCCAAGCUCGAACCAACUUCGUCUACGCUGACACCCCUCUGACCACAUUUCACGCCGUCACCCCUUUCCACUCCCAGAGCUUCAUCCCUCAGCCGAUGCCACCGCUUCCCGGCCAGCCUCACCAGCUCGUCGGCGCUGCAACCGCCAUACAACCUUCCAACCACAGCAACUUCUCGAUUCAAAGUCAUCGCCAUAGCAUCUCCGCUCCGAGUCGCCGUGAUGUCGACAGCCUUCUCUUCCGAUCAAGUCGGGACGCCACCAACAUGCCCGCAUUCGGAUCUCCAGCAGAGAUGGACAUGUCUAAUGACUUCUUAUUUUCUGAUGACACUAGGUCGGGUUACUUGAGCAGCAUCGUCCAAGAGAGCCGCCUCAGGUCCUCCCGCAAACACUCUUCUGCGAACAGGGGUAACAGCAGCUCGAGCGAGUCGAAUGCUCAGGUGCUCUCCCCUUCCAACCAAGUGCAGUGUCAAGUAUCCACCAGCAGUUGCGGUGCAACGAAUGGAGACCCGUUGGGUGGUGGAGUGGGUUCGAUGAGCUCAGAGGACUUCCCUUGUCUUGCAGAGAUGAGCAAGGGGUUCUGGAUGGACGAGCCUGUGUGGGAACUCAGUGCAUGCGGAUUCCCUGACGCCAACGACAUUAAUAUGGACAACCUUGGCGCUUCACUGCCGCAGGUCUCCGUCUCCGUCUCCACCUCACCAUCGGUGUCUUCACUGACUGAUGUUUUCGACUUAGGUUACCCACUUUUCUGAGCGCUCAUUUCCAUGAGACACAAAUGCAGUAUUCCGCUCUCACUCUUCACUGAGACAUCACUCAUAGGCUUUAGGGAAGAUUCAGAAAGCACACACACGCACGCACCUGUGGGCUUCCUUUUGUCCGUGUCUUUGUGGUUUCACGCAAGUCGUCAAGUCCUCCAAAAGGGCUUUUUUACCUAUUUAGAAGAAGAACAAUGAUGAUAUGUAUUAGCUUUUCCUUGUGCAACAUUCUUCCUCUUUGCUUC